AUUCGACAAUUGACCCUAUACAGUUCAGAAAAAUAUCUCUCCCUUUAAACUUCUACAGGAUGGCUAAGCCCGCAUCGGAAUCCCGCAACAACAGAGCUGCCGUUCAGGCCACAAACGACGAUGCGUCCGCCAGCAAACUGUCAUGCGUGAAUAAAGGAUACAUAAAAGAUGAUUAUGUCCACUUAUUUGUUAGAAGGCCAGUCAGGCGAUCUCCAAUAAUUAAUCGUGGUUAUUUUGCACGAUGGGCUGUACUUCGGAAGCUUCUGUAUCAGUUUCUUGAUUGUGAGCCAAAUCUGGGUGACAAAGGGAGAUGUAAGAAACAAAUUGUGUCUCUGGGAGCUGGAUUUGACACAAUGUAUUUUCAACUAAAGGAUGAAGGGAAAGCACCAUAUAUGUAUGUUGAACUAGAUUUCGUAGAGGUGACUAGCAAAAAGGCGUCUCUUAUUGAAAACUGCAGGCAGUUGAAGGAAAAAGUUGGUGAAACAGCAUCCAUUUCUUCAGAGAGGGGGGAAGUUCUUGGUGAUCAUUACAAAUUGCUUCCUGUUGAUCUGUGUGAUCUCGAUAAACUAAAUGGUAUUGUUGCUAUGGCAAAUCUAGACCCAAGUUUGCCAACAUUCAUAAUUGCAGAAUGUGUUCUAAUAUACAUAGAUCCAGAUUCCAGCCGUGCUAUUGUCAGUUGGGCAUCAAAAACUUUCUCUACAGCAGUUUUUUUUUUAUACGAGCAGAUUCACCCAAAUGAUGCUUUUGGGAAGCAAAUGAUCCGAAAUUUAGAGUGUCGAGGUUGUGCAUUAUUAGGAAUUUACGCUACACCCACUCUGGAAGCAAAAGAAAAGCUUUUCCUGAACCAAGGAUGGCAGAUAGCAGUGGCUUGGGAUAUGCUGCGAGUUUAUAUUGAUUUUGUUGAAUCUCAAGAAAGACGCAGGAUUGAACGAUUGGAAUUAUUUGAUGAGUUUGAAGAAUGGCACCUGAUGCAGGAGCACUACUGUGUCGCGUAUGCCAUCAAUGAUUUGCUGGGAAUGUUCAAGGACUUUGGCUUCCCUAAUGUCCAACCUCAGAUAGGCGCUUCAACUGCUACAUCCUUUUGAAGAAUGCAAUGGUUACCAGCUUUCAAAGCAUUUUUACCCAUCUCUGAUGUUUAUCAAAAAGCACUUGCAAAUUGCAAUGUCAGAUGCCCAAAGCUACAAUGGUUUCAAAACCAAGUUCCAUAGCUCUACUUAUCAAUUCUCACAUGUAGAUAUAUCCCCUUUUUCUUUCAUUGUUUGAGUUAAGGGGGGAAGAACUAAAAAGGAUUUUACUCUUACGCUACACAGGUGUAAUGAUAAAUUUUUAAACGCAUUCUUUAUUGACUUGUGCGGAAAGAUCCAAUCUUUCGUUGUUGCAAGCUAUUUAGCAAUUAAUAGAGCAUCGGUGGG